GGAGUUUCUAUUUAACUCACAUAUUUCCUCAAUUGGGUACUCAUUUUCAGCCAUGGUAUAUGUCAAAACAAAGCCUCAGAGUGGGAUACUUCACGAAUAUUCUCCAGGAUUGACAGCCUUUCAAUUUGGCGGAGGACAACCAAAAAAUGUCCUAGUGUUCAUUGGUGGCCUUGGUGAUGGUUUACUCACGGUACCUUAUGUUGCUAACCUAGCUGCAAACAUUCAAGAAUCAACGAAUGGCGAGUGGACAGUUGUACAGGCGUUGAUUUCUGCUUCAUAUCAGGGGUGGGGUACUAGCACAUUAUCUAGAGACGUUAAAGAAUUGGGUCAACUUGUUUCUUACCUCAAAUCUUCUGAUGGAGGAAGUUUCAAUAAAGCUGUAUUAAUGGGACAUCUGACCGGUUGUCAAGAUACUCUUUACUAUAUAAGCAAGGCUAAUCCCGGUGAUGUACCAAGCUUAGAUGGUGCCAUUUUGCAAGCUCCCGUAUCGGACAGCGAAGGUUUUGCUCUUGGGUUUAAAAAUAAAGCAGAAUUUGAUAAAUCUAUUGAAAUUGUGCGUAAAGAAUAUAUUGAAACUGGAAAGGGCCAACAUAUAUUACCAGAGAAGUUUAGAAGAGAAUUUUGGAAUACUCCAAUUACCGCUUACAGAUAUUAUUCGCUUGCCAGUGAACGAGGAGAUGACGAUUUCUUCUCAUCAUAUUUAACUUCAAAGGAUCAUGAAUUGACUUUUGGGAAAGUAAGUAUCCCUUUAUUAGUCUUGUAUGGUUCUAAGGAUGAAUUUGUUCCAGAAUCAGUAGAUAAAUCAAAGGUAAUUAAUGGUUGGAAAGAUGCGACUAAUCCUAAAUAUUGGAGUCCACUUAGUAAAAUCUUACAAGGUGCCUCGCAUAAUGUUGGACCAAAAUCAGAUAGUGGUGCUGAAGAAGAUCUUUUAUCUACUGUUUCUGAAUUUAUCAAACAAUUUUAGAUAUAAUAUUAUAUUCAUAUAUACAUUACUAAAUCA